AUGCAACGAAAGUUGUCAUUGUUAAUUGCUGUAACAGUAAUCAGUUGUUUAGAACACUGGACAACUGCAGUACCAAUUGAUAAUGGUAUUGUUGGUGAACCUGAAAUUGAAUGUGGUCCAGUAUCCAUUGGUGUUUCAUUAAGUACCAGAAACACUUUUGAUGGUCAUGUCUAUGUGAAAGGACGAUACGAUGAACCCGGCUGUAGAUCUGAUGACGGUGGUACCGAAGUUGCCGGUAUAACGCUGCCGUUUAAUGCCUGUGGAGUAUCACGAAUUCGAUCGCUAAAUCCACGCGGUGUCUAUGUAUCAACCACUGUCAUCGUUACAUUCCAUCCACAGUUUUUAACAAAAGUUGAUCGAGCAUACAAAGUUCAAUGUUUCUACAUGGAAGCUGAUAAGACAGUUUCAACAGAUAUCGAAGUCUCAGAAUUGGCCACCCAUUUUAUCUCGCAUAAUGUACCAAUGCCAGUUUGCCGUUAUGAAGUGUUAGAAGGUGGACCAAAUGGAGAUUUGGUGUCGUAUGCAACAGUUGGACAACAAGUGUAUCACAAAUGGACUUGUGAUUCCGAAACUCAAGACACAUUUUGCAUGAAAGUACAUUCAUGUAACGUUGAUGAUGGCAAAGGCGAUUCUGUCGAAAUCCUUGACGAAGACGGAUGUGCAAAAGAUAAAUAUGUGUUGAAUAAUUUAGAAUAUCCCACCGAUCUAAUGGCUGGCCAAGAAGCCCACAUCUACAAAUUUGCCGAUCGUUCAGAGCUUUUCUUCCAGUGUCAAAAGAACGAAAAAAAUGCUGAAUUUAUUGCUUGA